AUUGAUUUAAUUUCAGUAUUAUUCACCUUCGUAUCAUCAAAUAUAUAAUAUAUCAGUUUUCACUAAUUCACUAUUCCAAAUAUAAUUUAAUUUUUCGAGUACUUAAUUCAUUAAAUACAUUGUACAUUUUUACUCACAUAAUGGCUCUAUAUUUAAGAAGUGUACACAGACUAUGCUCAGCUAGACAAACAAUGUCUUUCCAAAUGCCAACAAUACAGCGUAUGAUUACCAUGCAAGUUAAAAAUGCUCAAGAAGUUGAAUAUAAAUUAGGAGAGACUCAUGAUGAGAAAAAUGGGCGCCUUAGUAGACCUAUGUCUCCUCACUUGACAAUUUAUCAGCCUCAAUUAACAACAAUAUUAUCUAUUACACACCGUGGAACUGGAGUCGCAUUAAGUGGUGUAACUGCUGGAUUAGGAGCAUUAUUCAUUUUCACGGAUUUGCCGACAUUUGUGCAAUUUGUACAUGGUUUAGAACUACCAUCAGCUGCUAUCAUGUCGGCUAAAGGAUUAGUUGCUUUUCCGUUCUUCUAUCACCUGUGUAAUGGCAUUAGACAUUUGGUGUGGGAUGCUGGUAAAUGUUUGACCAUUAAACAAGUUUAUUCAACUGGUUAUGGUGUGAUUGUUGGUAGCUUACUUCUAACAGUAUUGUCUUUAGCUUAUAGUACAUAAAUAAUAACAAAAAAUUGUUCAGUUUCUUGUACUAUUAUACAAGAUUAUUCGUUUAAAUUAAAACAUG